UGGCCAGCAGACGGUGGUUGGCUUAUAUAAAAGUGCCAAUGCAGUGGCGAUGGACACAUCAGUGCGCCUGCAGCAGCUAGAUAAAGAAGUGUUUCGAGGAAGCGGAUAAAUUGCGUUAACAAAAGAACUAUGCAGAAAGUGUUGAUCUUCGCCUGUCUCUUGGGGACUGUUGCAUGGGCCACCGAGAUUUACUAUGCGCCCGCCGCCAGCUCUGCCGCAGCUUAUUAUGCGCCACUGCCCAUCGCAGUGCCGGCAGCACGUGCGGCUGCAAUUGUGCCACUGGCUUAUUCACGGAUUCAAGCAACAGUGCCGGUGCCGGCAGUGGAGACGUACAACAGCGUGCAGACACCCGAUUCGUUCCAACAACAAUAUCGCUCUGAUUACAAACCGGUCACAUAUGAAUUCAUACACUGAUUGCCGGAAAGAACUCGCAUGAAAAUUGAAAUGAUUUCUAAUAAAGACAACUAAAA